UUAUGAGGCUAUUUUUCUAUACAUUAUUUAUGAAGGGAUGCAAGUGAUAUUCUGAGGGAUACACUGAAUACUGAUGAGAAUGGUGGGUAUAAAUAAGGCAUGGCGUGUAUUCAGCGUAUCACUGCAGAACGCCAGCUCCUGCCUCAAAAUGUUUUCCCUGAUUUGCGCACUUCUCCUGGUUGUCUCGGCCUUUGCUGAUUCCAAAUACGAUCAUUACCCCAAAAAAAAUCACAACAAUGGUAAUUACCCUAAAUAUGGGCAUUUCAAUGGCGCCAGGGGAAACGGUUUUGGAAGGAUGGGUAUGCGUGGCGUCUUAGGACAAAGAUCCUUCAUGAACCUGAGGGAUGACGGCUUCCAAGGAUUCAGUGGAAACAUGGGCUCCCUCCAAAUGCAAGGAUUUCCUGGCAAUCAGGGAUCCUUCAUGGGCCAACAUAUGGGACCCUACCAUGGGCUUCAACGAUCCUUCAUGGGCCGAAACCAAGGCUUCAUGGGAGGUGCUGGUAUGAGACGCUUUCCUGGAGCUGGGUUCAGUGGAAACCUAGCAUCCUCCAUGGGACUAGGCGCAGGCGUCAACCAAAUGUUUGGACUUGGUGAUGAUGACUUCAUGCUACGAGGUGGUGUCGCUCCCUUCAACAGAUUCAGACAUAAUAGCUAUCAUCAUCGAUACCCUGGAACUUACGGAAAGAAAAAGAAUAUCUACUAAUCUGCUCAGACGACAGAUAGGAGUUGAACCAGAGUCAAAAUGUUGAAAAAUUGAAACUUGUUAAAUAAAUGCUGCAGCGAUUAAA